AUGGAGCUGCGCAACGGCACACAGGGGAGAAUAACGCGCCUCCGGCGGAGCUGCAAGCGAGCCAAGCCGCCCAGCGUCAACAUGAGGCGGGAUGCCAGUAAAGUUCUGCACCCGCUGCCUGUGGAGACCAACGAGGAUGAUGAGGAGCUCAUGAAGGAGGAGGACUGUUUCUCCACGGGCUUCCUCAAGCGUGAGCGUAUCUUGGGUUACCCCGAGGAACCGUGUUAUCUUUGGUUUGUUAUGGAGUUCUGCGACGGCGGCGACCUCAACCAGUAUAUCCUCUCGCGGCGGCCUGAUCCGUGGACCAACCGUAGUUUCAUGAAGCAGAUGACCAGCGCUGUGGCCUUCCUCCAUAAGAACAACAUCAUCCACCGGGACCUCAAACCAGACAACAUUCUCAUCUCGCAGAAAUCCGGCGAUCCGGUCAUCAAGGUCGCCGAUUUCGGCCUCAGCAAGGUUUGCGCGGGACUCAGCUGCAUGGAGAGCGAAGGCGACAACCAGGUGAACAAAAACAUGGUGAACAUUAACAAAUUCUGGCUGUCGUCAGCAUGUGGCUCUGACUUCUACAUGGCUCCGGAGGUGUGGGAGGGCCACUACACUGCCAAAGCGGACAUAUUCGCACUCGGCAUCAUCAUUUGGGCCAUGAUCGAGCGGAUCACGUUCAUCGACGCCGAGUCCAAGCGAGAACUCCUCGGCACGUACGUCCGCCAGGGGACCGAGAUCGUCCCGGUGGGCGAGGCCCUCUUGGAGAACCCAAAGAUGGUCCUGAACAUCCCGCAGAAGACGCGGAGCAUCAUGUCUGAAGGCGUCAAGCGGCUUCUGCAGGACAUGUUGGCGGUCAACCCGCAGGACCGGCCUGAUGCGUCUCAGUUGGAGGUUAGAAUGGACCAAUUGACAUGAGCGGUGUAAGCCGCACCCAUUGGCCGAAACGAGCACGCAAAUUUUUCAGGUUUGCAGAGUCGGAUUGCCCAGCGAUGGAAAUGAAAAAGGGACAGCGGACCCUGGAACUGUGAAUUUCGUUUUGUGACCGCUUCCAAAAAGCAGAAGUGAAAUCAAAUGACUUGAUAUCUCUAUUUAAAACCCCUCACAAGGAAAUGCUAUGCAGGCUUCUUUAUUAACACGCUCGUUUUCUACUCCGCAUCCUCAUGCAAGUCUUCCAAACUGACCAUGCGUUUU